ACCGGUGCGUUUGGGGCAGCGGGCUUAGCAGUUCCUGUGUGAGCAUGUUCACUACAGCAGGGGGGCUCAUUAGCUGUAGUCGCUGCCCGGCUCUGGCUAUAGCUAAGGGAGGGAGGCGGCUGCUUUGUCUCUUUACCCUGCACUCUCGGGUUGGACUUCCUGGGUCAGAAGCUGCUGCCGCCUCAGUCUCUUGCGAUCCCGGAACCUGGACUGAUCAGCUGCGCCCCAGCGGGUUGUCCCAUGUCCUCCAGAGACAGGAAAGGGAAAUGACUGCAGUGAAGCUGGUGACCUUUGAGGAAGUGGCUGUGUAUUUCUCCAAGGAGGAAUGGGCUCUGCUGGACCCGGGUCAGAGAGCCCUCUACAGGGACGUCAUGCGGGAAAAUUAUGAGACUGUGACGUUGCUGGCAGGAUUUCUGAUUUUCAAACCUGACAUCAUCUCGUGGCUGGAUCAAGGAGAGGAGACGUGGCUGCCUGAUCUCCAUGGAUACAAGGAAAGAGAGAUCCCGAGAAACACCCACACAGCCCCUGCCUUCAUCUAUAUUCAGAGGACAUGGAGGAAGGAUGGGUCCCCUCCUCUCUCUUCUUGGGAAAGGUUUGGAGGGACAGUAGGUGAGGGGAUGGUGAGUGUGACUGAGGAGGAGAAUCUUGGCCAGGAAGGUCCUGAGCCAGUGGAACCACAGGGGACAGUAUCAGGAAAAGCUAAAGGGGAUGUUUCCCAGAGUCCUGAGGAGGGAGAAGACCAUGAGGGUCAGAGCGAGCAAGAGACAGAGCAAGGAAACCACUCAGAGGAGAGACAGGGUAAAUCCAGAGGAAUUAGGAAAAUCAAAGAAACUGUUCAACAGAGAAUCCCCACUGGAGAGAGACCCUACACGUGUGGUGACUGUAGGAAAAACUUCCAAUACAGAUCAGCCCUUAUUAGACAUCAGAGAAUCCACACAGGAGAGAGACCCUACAAGUGUUUUGACUGUGGGAAAAGCUUCAGACAGAGUUCAGCCCUUAGUAAACACCAUACACUCCACACAGGAGAGAGACCCUAUGAGUGUCUAGAGUGUGGGAAAAACUUCCGUCAGAGGUUCCACCUUCAUAAACAUCAGAGAAUCCACACAGGAGAGCGACCCUAUGAAUGCCUGAUGUGUGGAAAAAGCUUCAGUGAGAAUUCACAGCUUCUAUCUCAUCAGAGAACCCACACAGGAGAGAGACCCUAUAACUGCCCCGAUUGCGGGAAAAGUUUCCGUCAUAGAUCAGUCCUCAUUGAACAUCAGAGAAUACACACAGGAGAUAAACCCUACAAAUGCAAUGAGUGCGGGAAACGCUUCAGUCGGUACUCUCACCUCCUAUCACAUCAGAGAACCCACACAGGAGAGAAACCCUAUAAGUGCCCUGACUGUGGGAAAAGCUUCAGUGAAAGCUCAACCCUUAUUCAACAUCAGAGAAUCCACACGGGAGAGAAACCGUACAAAUGCAAAGAGUGUGAGAAAAGCUUCAGUCACAUCUCACACUUCCUAACACAUCAGAGAAUUCACACAGGAGAGAAACCCUAUAACUGCCCUGACUGUGGGAAAAGCUUCAGUCACAACUCAACUCUUACUCAACAUCAGAGUAUUCACACGGGAGAGAAACCCUACAAGUGCAAUGAGUGUGGGAAAAGCUUCAGUCGGAUCUCACGCCUCCUAGCGCAUCAGAGAAUCCACACAGGAGAGAAACCCUAUAACUGCUCUGACUGCGGGAAAAGCUUCCGUCAGAGGUCAGUCCUUGUUACUCACCAGAGAGUCCACACAGGGGAGAAACCCUUUCAAUGCCCAGAAUGUGGGAAAAGCUUCACUGUGAACUCAACCCUCACUAAACAUAGGAGAAUCCACAGUGGAGAAAGACCCUAUGAGUGUAUUGACUGUGGGAAAAGCUUCAGUCAGAAUUCACAGCUUCUAUCACAUCAGAGAACCCACACAGGAGAGCGACCCUAUAACUGCCCUGAUUGCGGGAAAAGCUUCCGUCAUAGCUCAGUCCUUAUUGAACAUAAGAGAAUCCACAUGGGAGAGAAACUCUUCAAAUGUGCUGAGUGUGGGAAAAGCUUCAGAAUCCACACUGGAGAGAAACCCUAUAACUGCUCUGACUGCAGGAAAAGCUUCUGUCAGAGGUCAGUCCUUGUUACUCACCAGAGAGUCCACACAGGGGAGAAACCAUUUUAAUGCCCAGAAUAUGGGGAAAACUUCACUGUAAGCUCAGUCCUUACUAAACAUAAGAGAAUCCACAGUGGAGAAAGACCCUAUGAGUGUACUGACUGUGGGAAAGGCUUCAGUCAUAUCUCACACUUUCAGUGACAUCAGGGAAUCUUAUAAAUGCCCUGACUGUGAGAAAGGCUUGCGGCACAGCUCAGACCUCAUAACACAUAAGAGAAUCCAGAGGUAACAAAACCAAGAAUUGUCCUGGCUGGGGAAGGGCUAAGUGAAUAACACCUUUGCCAACUCCCACAAAUCUCAGAGGGUCAGGCCAGACCUGGUAGGAGUGGCCAUGUAAUGAGGACAUGAUGUAGUUUAUAAAGCAGAAAAUGAAAUGGCCUUCCUGGAGCAAAGCUGUGUAGAACAAGAGUCUGAGAUGAGACUUCCAAAUUGUGAUGGGAUUUUAUUAUCAUUUUCCAGAUACUUCCAUUGACAUUCUCUAUUGAAAUUUGGUUUUGUGUAUGUAGAAUCAUCCCUAUCUUGUAUGCUGUGACUUCACAUUAACUCUUGAUAGUUUUUAGGCUGGUAUUCACUGAGGGAUUUACGUGCUGUGACACUCAGUAUUGCAGAGACUAAAUUUUUUAGCACCUAGAAAAUUACAGGAACAACAUUGGGAUCAACGAAGCCUGAAUUAGAAGCACCGGCUCCCUCUCUACAAUGAAUGGGGAGAUAUAGGUGCUUUAGAAUGAGAUUCACAAAAGCCAGCAAGCCAGAAUGCUAGGUCAGGUGCUGCCUAAGCUAGCCAAUGGGAGAUGAUGACCAGAAGGAUGUGUGCUAAACCUCACCCCUCCCAGGGGCAUAGGAACCUAUCUCUGUUUGUGAGUGACAAACCAGGGAAGGUAGAUGCGGUGGGGCCUGGUCUAGUACGUGUAUUCAGAAGCCGCCUAAGUCCGCACAAAACAGUGAGGAAAAUUCUCCUAAGAACAUCACCGGACUAAGUUCUAGCAUUUGAAUGUGACAACUUUUUAACUGAAACUGAUGUGGUGCUAAUUUAAACUGCCUGCUUGCACCUGUAACUGCCAGUUACUGUUCACACCAGAAGUAUCAGAGGGGUAGCCAUGUUAGUCUGGAUCUGUAAAAGCAGCAAAGAGUCCUGUGGCACCUUAUAGACUAACAGACGUAUUGGAACAUGAGCUUUUGUGGGUGAAUACAAAGUGGGUAUUCACCCACGAAAACUCAUGCUCCAAUACAUCUGUUAGUCUAUAAGGUGCCACAGGACUAUUUGCUGCUCUUCACACCUUGUCUGUGUAGUGCUGAGCUCACUUAAAUUGUCUUAUUAAUUAUCUGCCUUACUGCCUAAAAGAGCUGCCCUUUCAAUCUUUGGUUUGGCAAGGACAUAACUAAAUCUCAGCUGUGCUCAUUGUGUUAUCCCAGUUUUGUGGAAAUCCAUCGCUUGAUGGUUUAAUUUUCUUUUGUUGUCUUGUUUCAACUCAAUUCCUAACUUUAAGUGCUACUGGGGACUAGCAACUUUGUCAAUCGCUGUUCUGCUCACGCCUAUAUCUUAGGCUGUGGCUACAGUAUGAGGCUUUUAGCAACAUGGCUGUGCUGCUACAGCUGUGCUGCUACAGCUGUGCUGCUAAAAGGCAUGCAGUGUAGCUGCUGUUUGUCGGCAGGAGAGCUGCUGUUUGUAGGCACUAGGAGAGUGCUCCUGCCGACAAAGCACUGUUCACACUGGUGCUUUUUGUUGGUAAAACUUUUGUCAUGUUUUUUUAACACCCCUGAACAACAAAAGUUUUGCCGACCAAGUGCCAGAGUAGACAAACCCUUUACACUCAUGCCCUCCAGCUGUGCUGCUUUUGCAUGUGUGAGGGAGAAUUACUUGCCUGAGAGAGAAAUAUCCUUAGAUCAGUCUUCUUUGGAAUAUUACACUAUGUGUAUGAGCGACUGACUUCAGAUUCACACUUCAAUCUAUACUUGUGUGGCUUCUAAGCUUUAGAAUACUCUUACUUCUAAAAUAAUUUUAGCUAUAUUGUAUGUGUUUCUAACUGCAGAGUUGUCUCGUGUUGCUACUUUACACUCCAGACUAGCUUCAGUCCAGUCUUGAGGUGGGAACUUCAUUAGUUCCUAUUUUACGUUUGCCCAUUUUAAAUAACUAAAUCAGAGUACUUUGUGAUAGUUCUUUUUCUAUAUUUGAACAGUACACUGUCACCCAUAGAUGUAUGGUAUUACCUUUAAUAAAAAAUAAAAGAUGUAAUAAUGGCUUUGCUAGCUUUUAUGAAGUUGACACUCCUUUCAAUUGUAUUGCCUUAUCAACUUAUUUAGUUUCAUCCAAAUUUAUUUUUAGUUUAAAAGUUUUAAUAUCAAGUUGAAUUGUUUAUUUUGGGACAUCCCUUAUUCACAGGAAAAAGAAGCCUGAGUAAAUUUUUAUGUGGUUGCUUCCUGAAUUCAUUAAUAACCAUAAUCAGUAAUUCCAUAUUUUCAUUUGCUUUUCCUGAACCAGUCAGCUGAAGAUUGAUUAAUUAACAACUCCAUCUGUUUAUUGUUUCUCCUAAUUAUCAGUUUUGAUAAUUGUUUCAUUCUUUUAGUAAUUUUACUUUGAAUAUUAUCUGGCAACCAACCCUUUUUUGCCUCACACUCCUUUCAUUCUGGGGAACCGACUGAAUCUGUGGCUUAUGAAUCAUUGCCCUGGGCACUUGGACAGGUUAAAGGAGCUGUUCAACCACACUCUGAGGCUACGUCUACACUACAGCAUAAAAUCGAAAUUACUAAAACUGGUUUUAUAAAACCGAUAUUAUAAAAUCGAUUUUAUGCGUCCACACUAGAGCACAUUAAUUCGGUGGUGUGCGUCCAUGGUCCUAGGCUACCAUCGAUUUCCGGAGCGGUGCACUCUGGGUAGCUACAGUAAAAGAAUGAGACCAAUAACUUCGAUUUCCGUCCACACUAACCCUAAAUCGAUAUAGUAAUAUCGAUUUUAGGGUUACUCCUCUCGUUGGGGAGGAGUACAGAAAUCGAUUUUAAGAGCCCUUAAAAUCGAUUUAAAGUGCCUUGUAGUGUGGAUGGGUACAGCGUUAAAUCGAUUUAACGCUGUUUAAAUCGAUUUAACUGUGUAGUGUGGACCAGGCCUGAGUAGCUGCAGUGAAAUGGGCAGACUGAAGGGAAGGAGGAGGAACCUCCUAACAAGGGUGGAGGCCACUGAGUAGUAUCUGCCUCUUGUCAUAAGUGCUUGCUGGGUUUUGCUGAACAUCUGUGACAGCCAGG